GUGACAACAGAGGUUGGAAAACUUCUUGGUGAAGAAAAGGUGGAUGCAAUUUUGUGUGUAGCAGGCGGAUGGGCUGGAGGCAGUGCCAAAGCUAAAUCUUUAUACAAAAACUGUGAUCUGAUGUGGAAGCAGAGUGUUUGGACAUCCACUAUUUCCAGCCACCUGGCCACUAAACAUCUGAAAGAAGGCGGCCUCUUGACCUUGACAGGAGCUCAAGCUGCUUUAUCUGGAACUCCAGGGAUGAUUGGCUAUGGCAUGGCCAAAGGAGCAGUGCAUCAGCUUUGUCAGAGUUUAGCUGGUGCCAACAGUGGCUUGCCAUCUGGUUCUGCUGCUGUUGCUGUUUUACCGGUUACCUUAGAUACACCAGCAAACAGGAAAUCAAUGCCUGAUGCAGAUUUCAGCUCCUGGACACCCUUAGAAUUCAUGGCUGAAACCUUUUUUGACUGGAUAACAGGAAAGAAUCGACCAAACUCAGGGAGUCUAAUGCAGGUGGUAACUACAGGAGGGAAGACUGAACUAAUUGCAGCACAUCUUUGAUGUCAGUCACUUAAGAUGAUGGAACUUCAGCAAAGGAGAAGCUAUGGAAAAUCUGUCUGCCAGUAUAAUUUGGGUGGUCUUUGGUAUCCAGUGAUUGUAGUUAUGUCACUAAUGGAACUAGAUUUCAAGUAAUAUUUCUGUGCUGUCAGUUGUGAGCUAUCUGUAUUUGUUUACCAACAAGUAUUAAGUGUUUGUCUCUAAAUGAAAAGUUGCAGGCUUUAAAGUCUGUGCAUGUCCUAAUUCUGAGCAUUAUAUGUCAACUUACGUAUUUUC